UUUUUUUGGAGGUUUUGAUCCUCAUUUCCCUUUCUCUCUCUCUCUCUCUCUCUUUUAUUCUUCAGGGCGGUGACUAGGGUUCUUUCUUUUAUCUGUCGAAGAUAAUCUUGAAACUCAGGCUGUAUUUUUCAAUUUCAGCUCCUAGCGUGGUUUUCAAGCAAAACUUCUCCGAAGGGAUACGCACACGCCCUUUACGAAUUAGAUAGAGCUGUUUUCUUGCUAUGGUGAUGGAGGGAAGGCGUAGAAGAACGGAGUGUUUAGACAAAAGUGAAAAUGAGUAGCCGCCAUGAGGGCAGGACAGCUUCAUCUGAAAUAUUUGAAAAUCGGUCCGACUGUGAAGAUGAGAGUAAGGUGUGCUCAAAGGCAAUGAAAGGAAAGAAAUUGUGGAAGAGAGUGAGAUGCCAGCUCGUUGAGUAUCACUCAUUACCUGGGUAUUUGAGGGACAAUGAAUACAUCUUGGGUCAUUACCGAUCUGAAUGGCCAUUGAAGCAAGUAAUCCUCAGCAUCUUCACCAUACACAAUGAAACGCUCAAUGUUUGGACGCAUUUGAUUGGUUUCUUCCUUUUCCUGUCGCUAACCAUAUACACUGCAAUGAGGGUUCCAGAGGUUGUGGAUCUUCGUUCCUUUCAACAUUUGCCAGACUUUCUUAGAAGAGCUGAUCUGCACAACAUUCGUUCAGUACUCUUGAAUUGCCUGCCUUCCUUACCCAACAUGCCUAAUCUUAAUAGAUUAACAGAUGAGUUAAAGACAUCUUUGCCUUCAAUGGAUUUUCUCUCGUCACUUUCAGGUUGGCAUGUUUUAGAACUUCUCUCCAACUGCUUGCCUGAGCGGUUUUCCCCUACCAAUCAAACAAGUGAAUGUGUUCUGUGUGCAGUGAAAGAAGGUGCAGCAAACUUGAUAGCUCCCCUGAUGUUCCAGCCAAUCACAAGAUGGCCCUUUUUUGCCUUCUUAGGCGGUGCAAUGUUCUGUUUGCUAUCAAGCAGUAUAUGCCACCUCCUCUCUUGCCACUCAGAGCGCCUUUCCUACAUAAUGCUCAGACUUGACUAUGCAGGCAUCGCGGCCCUCAUCUCCACCUCCUUCUACCCUCCUGUCUACUACUCAUUUAUGUGCAACCCCUUCUUUUGCAGGCUCUACUUGGGCUUUAUAACAAUAUUUGGGAUUGCCACCAUUAUUUUCUCUCUCCUUCCAGUUUUCCAGAAUCCUGAGUAUCGCACUUUUCGUGCUUCUCUCUUCUUUGGGAUGGGUGUGUCAGGUGCAGCUCCUAUACUUCAUAAGCUGAUUUUGUACUCGGACCAGCCAGAGGCACUCCAGACCACUGUUUAUGAGAUAGUAAUGGGGGCGUUUUACGGGAUUGGAGCAUUGAUUUAUGCAACAAGAAUUCCGGAGCGGUGGAAGCCCGGCAGGUUUGAUAUUGCUGGGCAGAGUCACCAGCUUUUUCAUGUGCUGGUUGUGGCGGGGGCUUACACCCACUAUCAUACUGGGCUGGUCUACCUCAAGUGGCGGGACUUGAAAGGCUGCUAGAAAUUGAAUCCUGCGAGGUUUCUUUGUUUGUGUAUUGAGGAAAAUGUGUAAGAAACUAAUACCUCAACCUUGGCUUACACCCACCACUUGUUGGCAUACGCUCCUUGGUCAAAUCAGGAUUCUAGGGCCAGAGUUGAAUCUUGUGUUCUUCCUGCAUGUAAACAGUAAACAGUAAUAAGCUAAUCCCCAAUAGUAAUUGGCACAGUGGACUUUCUAUUGAAAUCUACUUAUUCUAGGAAA